AUGCCUGCCCCAGUGCCGCACUCAGCACCGUCUGGCAGGGAUGGCUACGGCCGUGAACUCACCGAUGCUGUGAAAGAUACUGUUCAUGAGCCAGACAGCGCUUUGAUACUAAACCGGCCGACGUCCAGUCCAGCACCUGCUAGCUCGCCUCGUCACCAGAGCAUGGGAAGAAGAUCCCAUUCCCAGGACUCUGUGCCUGCAGUCUCACAGGAGCGAGCCAAGUCGUCCAAGUCUCGCACCAAGAAGGGGUCGCAGCAUGCAGAUGUCAUCGACAGGCUCGAUUUCACUGGAGUAGGGCCAAUGUUCCACCAUGACGGUCCGUUCGACGCAUGCGCUCCAUCCCGCAACAAACACCCUCGCAAAGCGCCCAUGGCUGCUUGGUCGCCUUCUGACCAGCCCAAUGAUGGCCCAUACCCAUCGGCGGCUGCCUUCAAUGCUUUCUCUGGCUAUGAUGCGCCCAAGAACAAAAAGGUAGACGCUAUCGCAGAGGCAUGGGGCAUCCAUGAGCCCGAGCCAUACGAAGAAUUUUUUGCAGGCGGGGGAGCACGAGGUGAUACCCCUGCCAGCUCGAUCUACAAUGGCAGAGAGGGUCAUCGAUCGACGCCAAAACGGACCAAGGAGAACCAGCGAGAGGCGCACACCGAUGAACCAUCCCGAUCCCGCGGAACCAGACGUGCCAUGCCGCCUCCCAAACCUAUUUUCGUCCCGGAAUCUCGGGACGAAUAUCCUGAACCGUCAGGCUCGCCCCCCACCCAAUCUCCCGGCCUACCCAAGCGCACCAAGUCCCUCAUGCAUCGUAUACGCAAAAUGCGAGAGUCGCCCAACGUCCCAGUCGACUCUGACUACGAGCCCUAUCCUCCCUCGUCACCUUCCCCUCCUCCUGUAGACCAUCACGGCAUUAGACCGACGCACCGCUCCCAGAAUUCGUUCUUGGGUCGAUUUGGCACGGGAAAGGCGGAGCCGCACUCGGAACCGUUCAUUCUCGUCGAACCCCAUACCAACAAAGAGUUGCCAACGCUACCGCACCAAUCACCUACAGCUACGCCGUCAUCGGGCUACUUUGAUGGCCAUGGAUCAGGCGGCAACGUUGGAUCCCCUGGGGGAGGUCUGGGACGAAAGACCAGCCUUAUGAAGAAGAUGGGAAGAGUCGUACGUGGCCGAUAGGCAUCUUCUCAAGCCUUUGUACCAUUCAGUGUUUGCAUCAAAAAUUAUUCCAUGCGUUUACGUCACAUUUUUCUCCAUAUGUCUCUGUAUAUAUACAUCGGGGCCUCUGCUUCUUUGGACAGCUACUUCUCCAUUCUACACUUUUCGUGUUCUCUUGCUGCGAACGACGACUGUCGCCCGUCCUUUCCGUUUUUUGGUGUAUCUUGUCUCUUGAUCCCACGUAAUCCUCGCUGUUUCGAUAUCUACGUACACACCAAACCAUGUAAUGUAGAUUUCUCCCGCCUGUAACAUUUGUAUGAUCAAUAAGUAUAUUCUGUUUUUAUACGCUGACGUUCUACCCCAGCCUGACACCAACUUCGUUGUCAUCGAGACAUU